GGCCUGCGGGCCAGAGCCUCCUGGAUUGGCGGCCGCUCAGACGCGCUGCCGGGGCCCCUUUGUCUAUGGUGCCGCCACCGUUUCCCCGGGCCGAGAGAUUGCGACUGGCCGUGAGUGGGAGUCGGUUCCCGGCGGGCCGGGGCCACUCCCUCAUCCGCACUCCAGCCUCGAGUCGGCGCCGGCGCCUGGCCUUCCCCUCACGGACGCACGGCAGUGGGCCGUGGACGCGAGCCUCGCCCUCCCCUGUGACACCUCUUAGAACCCCUCCAUCCUGCAUCCGCGCCGCGCCUCCAGCCAUCCAAGGAUUCUCUGAUUCCUGUUGCCCUUACCAGUCCCGGAAGUCAGAUGAUGGCAGCAGCUGGGCUUCUGCCACUGCCAGCAGCACCUCAGGCCAAAGUGACUUUUGAGGAUGUGGCUGUGCUCCUCUCCCAGGAGGAGUGGAACCGCCUGGGCCCUGCUCAGAGGGGUCUCUACAGAAACGUGAUGAUGGAGACCUAUGGGAAUGUGGUUUCACUAGGAUUGCCAGGAUCCAAACCCAAUGUGAUCUGCCAGCUAGAACGAGGAGAAGACCCAUGGGUCCUGGAUGGGCAGGGAGCUGGGGAGAGCCAAGGCCUGAGCAGUAGCCUCUCAGAAUGCAAAACCAAGGAAGAAAACCAUAAUAGAGACUUCAGUUUAAAGCCAUUACCUUCAGAUGAAGUAACAGUGAGUCUAGGAAAAACACACUUAGGGAGGACUGAGCAAGAACAUUACCAAACAGAGCAGAGCUUCUGCCUGAGUUCAAACACUGUUGGCCCCCAUAAGGGUCCAGUCGCAAAGCACCAGACAGCUUCUGGUGGGGACAGACCCUUUAUAUGCAUCCAGUGUGGGAAAUGCUUCAGUCGGAGUUCCCAUCUCCUUCAGCAUCAGCGAAUCCAUACUGGUGAGAAACCCUAUGUUUGUAACAUUUGUGGGAAAGCAUUCAGCCAGAGUUCAGUCCUUAGCAAGCACAGAAGAAUCCACACAGGUGAGAAGCCCUAUGAAUGUAAUGAGUGCGGAAAAGCCUUUAGAGUGAGCUCGGACCUUGCUCAGCACCACAAAAUACACACAGGCGAGAAGCCCCAUGAGUGUCUGGAGUGUCGCAAGGCCUUCACACAGCUCUCACAUCUCAUCCAGCACCAGCGGAUCCACACCGGGGAGAGGCCCUAUGUGUGCCCCUUGUGUGGGAAAGCCUUUAACCACAGCACUGUGCUGCGGAGCCACCAGAGGGUACACACUGGGGAGAAGCCUCAUGGGUGCAGUGAGUGUGGCAAGACCUUCAGUGUGAAGAGGACACUGCUGCAGCACCAGCGGGUCCACACUGGUGAGAAGCCCUACAUAUGCAGCGAGUGUGGCAAAGCCUUCAGCGACCGUUCUGUCCUUAUACAGCACCACAAUGUGCACACUGGGGAGAAGCCUUAUGAGUGCAGUGAGUGCGGCAAGACCUUCAGCCAUCGGUCAACCCUGAUGAAUCAUGAACGGAUCCACACCGAGGAGAAGCCCUAUGCAUGCUACGAGUGUGGGAAGGCCUUUGUGCAGCACUCACAUCUCAUCCAGCACCAGAGGGUACACACAGGGGAGAAACCCUAUGUGUGUGGGGAGUGUGGACAUGCUUUCAGUGCCCGCCGGUCUCUGGUCCAGCAUGAGAGAAUUCACACAGGUGAGAAGCCCUUCCAGUGUACCCAGUGUGGCAAAGCCUUUAGCCUAAAGGCAACCCUGAUCGUGCAUCUGAGAACCCACACUGGUGAAAAGCCCUAUGAGUGUAACAGCUGUGGCAAGGCCUUCAGCCAGUACUCAGUCCUCAUCCAACACCAACGUAUACACACAGGGGAGAAGCCCUAUGAGUGUGGGGAGUGUGGGCGUGCCUUCAAUCAGCAUGGGCACCUGAUCCAGCACCAGAAAGUACACAAGAAGUUUUGAAGUGGGCUGGGAAUGUGGCCUACUGGUAGAGUGCUUGCCUAGCAUGCAUGAAGCUCUGGGUUCGAUUACUCAGCACCAAAUAUAUAGAAAAGGCCAGAAGUGGCACUGUGGUUCAAGUGGUAGAGUGCUAGCCUUGAGCAAAAAGAAGCUAGGGAUAGUGCUCAGGCCCCGAGUUCAAGCCGCAGGAGUGGCCAAAUAGAAAAGUUAUGAGGUGACUGGCCUUCAGGAGUCACACUCUGAAAAGACAGCCUCCCAGGAAAGAAGGAGCUUCUGUGAACCCUAAAGGACUCCCUUCCUUGAUGACUCAGUGUCUCAAACCAAUUCUAUUCCUGUCCUGUGCAAAAACUAGAGGAGAGCUGUUCAUUUCCUUUAUCAUCUUGAAGUUAUAUUGGUGGAUAAUAUUAGGUUUGAGUAGAAUAUUGGUAAAGAUAUCCACUAUGCUUUUUUGACUUAGCAAUAAUUUAUUUAACGUGACUAAGGAUUUUUGACAUGAGUAAGGAAGUUAAAGCCUAUAAGAUCUCUUGUUCCAAUAAAACUUUCUUCCAUUCCAAAUAAAGUGCUUUCUCUUAGCUUGUUAUAUGCCUUUGCUAAAUAAAACCAUUCUAAUUAUUAUUGCUGACCAUUCUUAGUAUUAAAACACUGAAGUGUUGUGUGAAUAAAGUGAUUUAAAAAA